AUGGCGUAUAAUUUGGUCAGCUUUGAUGACAUUCUUCACGUCACCCACUCAGAUGAUGAAGAUCCUCAUUCAAAGACAGCUCAAGGCAGCGGCAAAGAGGACCUGAAUUCCGUGGAUUCGGAUGGCGACUAUGAUGAAUCGUCGGAUUUUGUACCCGUGGAGGAGAUCAUCAAAUACUAUGCAAAAAAGAAAAGUAAUUCCAGUGCUACCUCAGAUGGGCUGCGAUUUCAGGAAGAGAAAGACGAGCUCUAUGAAGAUUGGAAAAUUCAAAAGGCGGAAAACUAUUAUGACAAUCCAGAAGAAUGUAUCGAGGAUUACGAAAAUAUCAAACAGGACUAUACAUUAGAUAAAAACAAUAAGUGCACGCCGGGAAUUUCCUUAGCCAAGUCAAAAUCCCUGGAGUCAAAUCGCCCAGAUAGUCAUGGAAUAAGCAAAGAAGAGAAAUCUAAGUCGCUUGAUUCCCAAACACGGGAUCUAUCGAGGGGGUUCAUGAACUUAUCGGAGCAGGGGUGGUUUUGGGGCGCAAUGCGUUACGAAGACGCCGAGCAGGUUCUCGCGGGACGACCCGAUGGAAGCUUCCUCGUGCGGGACAGUACGAACUCGUUCGACCUUUUGGUGGUCAGCGUGCGUUCGCAGUCUACCACGAUCCACGUCCGAGUCAUGUAUACAAACGGGUGCUUCCAUUUGAGCCACGGAGACCAGGGCUACGAGUCAGUCGUGGAGUUGAUAGAAAGUGUGAUGGAGGUGUCGAGGCAUGGGGUGUACCGCCAUACGGCGUUUGGAGGGAGAAAGCCUGUUCGUCUACUGACACCUAUGUUAACGGACCAAGUGCGACAUCCGCCGAUAAGAGAUCGCAGUGGAGAAGUGGUCGGCAGGAGGCUUUAUGCGGAUGAUGAUGAAGGGAUCUGGGCAGACCCACGGAAUCUCUGACCUUAAUCAAUCAGCACUCUUAUACGGGGGGGUAGGAAAAUGCAUAAGAGGGUUGUAUGCGGAUGGUGAUGAGGAUAUCUAAUGGACAGAUCCACGGAAUCUCUGAUAUAAAUCAGUCAGCACUCUUGUGGAGGGAGGGGGGUAGGAAAAUGCAGUAGAGGGUUGUAUGCGGAUGGUGAUGAGGAGAUCUGAUGGACAGAUCCACGGAAUCUCUGAUAUAAAUCAGUCAGCACUCUUGUGGAGGGAGGGGGGUAGGAAAAUGCAGUAGAGGGUUGUAUGCGGAUGGUGAUGAGGAGAUCUGAUGGACAGAUCCACGGAAUCUCUGAUAUA